GGUCUCCAUUACAACUAUGGAAAACCAUAACAAAUUAACAAUAAACAAAGCUGCAAAAGAAACUCUCUCUCUCUCUGCUAAACACAAUGAGGUCCAUUCAGUCUCGCUCUGCAUUGCUUCCCUUGCAUACUAGGCUAAAACAUAAACACUUUCUGGGAAGUACUAAGCUGCUUUGGCUUUCCACCAAUGAACCUAUCAAGCUUGCUUCACAGAGCCAACAACUCCAUCUCUCACUAGGAACCAGUUGCAGGGCCAUGCACAAUUACAAUGCGAUUGUUCUUGGUGUCACUCCCCCUGCCAAGUCCGGCGACAUCUCGGUCCUCCUUCAAGUCGGUGGGAUUCUUCUUUUCGCCUACGUGUUUUCAAAUUUCAUUGUGCCGAAUCUCAUUUCUGAAUAUUUUCGGUUCAAUAAGUCGAGUGAGGAUGAGGAAGAUGAGGAUCUUAUAUAAAGAUGAGGGAAGCAAGCACAACCUCAUGAAGACGUAGGUUUUAAUCUUCUAAAUUUUUUUUUGCUUUUUACUUUUUUAACUAGUUUGAGGUGCAACAUGUAAUACUUGUCCUUGAUAAGCUAAUUUUAACACACCCAA